UUGAUCCUCGAAUGUCGUACAACGCUGAGAAGAUGUGGGACGGUCCUCGUCCGCCGAUCGGUGCAUUUCGGGGCCAUACAGGAGAGCCUUACCCUCCAAGGUGGCCACAUGGUUUUGAACCCAGAAUGAGGGGGCGUAGUCCUUUGCCAUAUCGGGGAGGAGCUAUGCCUCCUGGUCCUCCCUACACCAGCCAAGGAGGCAUUCCUUUCAGCUAUAGAGACGCAGGGAGAGGCCAGGAAGGGGCCUGGGAAGAGAACAGGCCUGCACCAAAGGAACAGAUGAACGUUCCCAGAAGAGCGGCGCCACCAGCGAAUUUGAGAGAGGCGGUAGACAUGCGCUAUCCAGAGCAGAGUCAAGCUCCAGAUAUGGACUAUAGAGAAAGGGAGGUUAUGGAGCAAAAAAAGUGGACAGCACCUGAUGUUGACUAUAGAGGCGAGGAAGGUCCUUCUGUUGCCUACAGGGUGAGGCUUCCACCACCUACCAGACGACUGCUUGCAGACAGGGAGAUUGAAGAGAGAGAGGCGUUGGAGUUGGAGUACCGGAAGAGAUUAGCUGCCGCCCUCGAUUAUAGGCAAAGGGAGUCCGUAGAGAUGGAGUACAAGCUAAGGCUGGAAGUUAUACUGAAACGUAGAGAGAGAGAGGAACUGCUGCUUCGAGAGAGACAGUACACCGAACGGUUAAUGAGGGAGAGGGAGGUUCUGGAACGAAUGCGAGAUAGGGAUGCUGUGGCCUUGGCCCUCAGGGACAGGGAGGCUGGGCCCUUGACCCCCAGGGACAGGGAGGCUGCUGCACUUUCUUUCCAGAAGAGGGGAGUUGUAGAUUACACAGAGAGGGGGCUACCUGCACAUGUUAGAGAGUCUGCAGACUGUGAUUUGAGGGUGAAAGAGCCUGACAAGGGCAUGGAUUUCAUAGGAAGAGAUAGAGGGAUGGAGUAUCAGAAGAACCUUCCUAGAGAAUACUCAGAAAGUGGGUCCGUAUCCAUGUCAUAUCAGGAGAACAUGUCUAGAGAAUACUCAGAAAGUGGAACUGUGUCCAUGCUGUAUAGGGAGAAAGAGAAGAGCACUGUGGAGUACAUGGAGGUAGAACACCAAGACAAUGACGGUUUAACAGCUGGUACCGUGAAAGAUGCUGGAGGAUUUACCUCAUUGGACAAGGACUCUGCAGAAAUGCCUUACAGACAAGCCGAGACAUCUCAUGUGAACUAUAAAAAAGGGGAGACCCAAAGGCCAGAAUUCCAGAAACACACCGACGCAGACUACCGCAAGAAGGAGUGCGCAGACUCCGAUUACCGAGACAAAGAGAGUUCAGACUCAGACUAUCGGGCUCGGGAAAAUGCUGAUUUAAGCUAUCGAGAAACAAAGACUGCCGAUGCAGAUUACCGGGAGAAGGAAAGUACAUAUUCGGGUUACCGGGAGCGAGAGAGCACAGAUACGGAUUAUCGGCAGAGCGCAGAGGAUUACGUAAAAGAGAGCGCAGACAAAAUGGAGACAGGAAGAGACUUUUUAGCUUCUAGUGUGGGAGAGGACAGUAAGGGGCUGACGCAACUGACAACAGAUUAUCCUUUGAUUCCAACGAAGAUGGAGGAGAAGAGCGGGCCGAAAAAAGUUGAAAUGAUUCCAUUUUUGGCUUUCAGCGAGGAAGAAUUAUCUUCAUUGACCAACAUGAUGGUUGAAGCUCAGUCCAAAUCUCCUGCAGAGGUCCAAGCACUGAGCAGGUCUGAACCGAGCUGUCCCGGGAAACUGGACACGGACUUCCGAGACAGACCGAAUCCAAAAGAUGUUAAUACCGGAGCCAAAGAGAUAGCAGAGAAAGCUACAGGCUACACAGCAUGUGCCGCCCCUGAGGAGCUCUGUUCAGGCGAUCAGGACUUGCGUAGUAAAGACAGCUUUGCUAAAGACUCUAAAAAGGUGGAAGGUGAUCAAGACUUGCGGACCGGUGGGCACGUUCAGAAAGACGAGGAUCUCCGAGGAGGGGAAACAAAGACCCCAGAGGAAUUCUUUGCCCAGAAUUCUCUGCUUAUGGACUUUCUGCGACUGGCAGCCAAAGAGCUGAGGGAGAAAACCGUGCCAGAGGUUAAAGACGAACCCACCUCUCUUACACCUGCCCUACCGGACUCUAGUGCCGCCAAAACGUUUCACCCAGAUCUAAUCGCCAGGCCUGCCAGACCAUUGGGCGCAGGAAGUAGUAUCACCCCCGGCAUUGAAUUCCUGUGCCGAGAGGACACUGAUUAUAGGAACAUGGACUUCAAUGACGUGGACCUGAGAGUUGGCCACAGACCAGAUAAACGUGUGGCAGAGAAAAGAGCUCGUGAAGAACCUCAGCCCGGGAGUAAGGAUAAGGACUAUCGCAGGACGCCUUUGCCCGAAGGAUCGACUAAGAUUAUAUGGCUGGAUGGUCUUCCUACUGGAGCCUCUCGGGAAGAGAUCCUGUGCGCGCUCGGAAGUGCGCACAUCCUGCCAGGAGAUGGAGUGAACCUCAUCGGAUACAUUCCAGGUUACAGCCUCGGCUCUGUCUGCGUGGAGUUUUCCCUCGUGGAAGAGGCCGUCGGAUGCAUGGAAGCCAACAAGGGCGUUCUACAUUUUAAAGGGAAAAAGGUCACCCUGAAAUAUAUUCCGAAUUCCGACCGAUGGUCAUGCCUUCAGUGUAAAGCCGUCAAUGUGCUAUCCAAAGAGAGGUGCUGGCAGUGCAGUGCGCUGAGGGCCGGUACUGACCAUCUGUCUCUCAGAGACUCCCAUAAAGAACCCAAACCCCAACCCAUCCUUUCCACGUCCCGCAGCAAGAAGCACAAGUCCAAACGCAGUCCCCCUGGCCGCAGCCCAGACCGCAGGAAAGAGAAGACCCCGCCGAGGGAAAGGUGCCCCCAACCAAGGACAAACAAAGGAGCAAGGCAGGCCGACUCUGAGAGCGCAACCGUCAUCAUUCGGGGGAUCGGUGUGAACACUUCUCCAGACAGUGUGGUGAAAGCACUUCAACCUUACGCACAGCUAUCGCCAAGUAAUGUCCGCAUCAUGAAGAAUCGGAAGAGCAACCAUCGAGGAUUCGGCUUUAUAGAUCUUAAAAAUCACAAGGAGGCGAUACGUCUGACAGUGAUGGUGCGGGACCUGAAAUCUCCUGUUACCGUUGAUGGGAAAGCGAUCUCUGUGGAUCUUGCAAUUGGGCAGAGGAAGAAAGAUGGCAAAGGUUUGAAAGGCAAUAAGUCAUCUCCUGGCAAGAACCGGAAACAGAGAGGGCAGAGGAAACCGUUCACCUACCCGGGGUUCAGAGCUGAAGAAGGUCCAAGUUAUAUAUUUGACCCAAAAACUGGCUGUUAUGUGGAUCCGCUAACAAACUCCUAUUACAAUGAGCUUAAAAAUGAGCAGAAGAGAGAUGAUUAUCCUCAUCGUGAUUCCGAGAGAGAGACCAAGGAGGCACCAAGCCGCACCAGGAGAGGAUUCACUGAGGAACAGGAGACGGAUGAGGAUGCAUUUAAGAAGCCAUUACCACCCCUGAUACCGAAAAAAGAGGAGCCUGCUGAGCCAAAGGUCAACCCUCUGCUGGGGUAUAUUGGGGCAUAUGCAGAGGACAGUGAGGAAGAGGAGGAGCAGCAAGAUGAAGAGAUGUUGCCCCCGUUACAGAAAAAGCCCGCUCCCCCGCCUCCGGCACCGACUCCGAAACCAGUGCCCAAACCAGCAGUUAAAUCAAUACUUAAACCAACCCCUAAACCAAUACUUAAACCCGCGCCCAAACCAGAGCCCAAGCUCGCCCCCGCUGCGCCCAGCGGCACCGAUUACGACAAGCUGAUUGACUGGAAGAAGAUGGUGUGCUUGUUGUGUCGCAGGCAAUUCCCCAGUAAAGAAUCCCUGACCAGGCACAAGAACUUGUCAGACCUUCACAAGCAAAACAUUGCACUUCAUGAAAAGAUCAAGAGGUCUCAGAAGGAGCUCGAGUACCUGCAGCAGAGAGAGCAUGAGGAGGCAGGUGAAGGUCUGUACACUGAUGUCCGCACUGCUGAGAAAAGGAAAGCAAAGGAUGCCGAUGGCAAAAGUGAACCCUCGGGUGACAAGAAGCGAAUGAAGCCUGCAGCCAGUCAGAAGCCAUCAGGAGAGUCGUACCGGGAGAACAUGAAGCGGCUGAUCCUGGAGCGGUAUAAGGAGUUGGAAUAAGCCCCGCCCCCUGCACCAUACAUAUGUGAUCAGAAAAUUGUGUCCGUUCUGUACA